AUAGUCAAAAGAUAUCCACACCGUCUAGUUUUGGUAACAAUAACAACGACUCGACAAAUCACCAUAACAGCGAUUGUUUUAGCAACGAUAAUGAAGAGACUGCUAUUAGACACAAACACAAAAUCUGAAUGAUCUCGAGUGAAAGUGUAGUACGAACUAUAAAGCCCGUAUUCAUAUACACGGAAAAGUUUCUUAUCAAAAAUUAUGCAGACAUGCCGAAGAUAACAAAGUUAUCAUAACUCUCUCGAAUUCUCUUUACAAGUCCGAAGAGUAUAUUCAAAUCAUAAUUACUUUAUUUGUCGACCGCUUCAGUAUGCAAACACAGCACAAAUCAAAAUCAAAAGCAAAACCAAUGCCAACACAAAUGAAGAGUGUAAAUAAAUAAACAAAAAAAGCGUGUAGUGAAGAAGAAGAAAAAGAAAAAAAACACAAAAUUUUUUCGCGUCUGCACAAAACAAUCCGGGUAUGAAUUCCAAGCGCCGAUCGAAGAAACCCAACUAAGUCACACAAGUUUACACACGUUUCUAUCGUAACUAGAUUGCGUUUCCGUGGCAGUGGCCUUUUGCAGUUGCUAACGAUAAAACCGCUUAAAACGUAAAUAGUUUCGUUGUACUGCUUGUGAUAAACGUACAUUUAGUUUUGCGACGUGACGCAUUUUCUGUGUAUUGAGUGUGUGUUUAAACUUUUGUUAAGUGCUUGGACCGAUGUCAGACUGGUGACGACGGCGCAUAGUUCUGCUACUGAAAAAAUUUGAAUAAUUUAAAACUUUUUGGAAAAACAGUUUUUUUUGCUCAUAUAAAAAGAUCUCAAAGCCACAGGCGUUUCGUUAAAAAAUUUGUACAAUUCGAAUAAUUUUCAAGUUCACAAAAAGGAAUAGAAGAAGACGAAAAAAAAAUGACAAUCGAACAGGGCAACGGUGAAAUGACUGAAAAAGCAAAUGUUUGCGAAAAUAAACUUGUUGAAGAAAGUGAUAUCGUGAAGAGCCGUUAUUCGCCGCUCUGCAGACAGUUUGUUGCUGCAAUUGGCUGCACAGCAACGACAAUAUCUGUAGGCAUGACAAUCGGUUACUCGGCAAUUUUGUUACCAGAACUUCAGCAUCCCAGCAGUCGUAUUCAUGUGGAUCUCGAAAUUGCCUCAUGGAUUGCAUCGAUAGCGUUGCUGCCAAUGGCAUUCGGUUGUUUAGUUGCUGGAUAUUUAAUGGAUCGUUUUGGUCGUAAGAUGACAAUACUGGCUCUCAAUGUGCCAUUUACCGUCGGUUGGUGCAUCAUCUCGAUGAGCGAUUGUAUGUUUUGGUUGUUGUUCGGUCGCAUUUUAACUGGAUUUUGUUGUGGUGUACUCAGUCCAACCACUCCAAUGUAUCUGAGUGAGAUUUCGGCACCAAAAUAUCGUGGAUUUUUCCUCGCUUCAAUCACACUCGAUGUUGCACUAGGUGUUCUGUUAACACAUUUUCUGGCAAUAUACUGCACAUGGAAUGUGAAUGCCAUCGUUUGUGGCUUCCUUCCGUUUAUCGGUUACAUAGCAACAACAUUUGUACCAGAGAGCCCAUCAUGGUUGUUGAAAAAGAAUUGCAUCCAUGAAGCCCAUCAUGCCUUCGUUUGGCUUAGAGGCUGUGACGAAUCCGCCUCGAUCGAAUUUCAAUCAAUGGUUGAUGCUCAAAUUAAGAAUUCGGCGGCGACAUCAGCCCAACAUAGUGACGAUGACACCGAAAACAAUGGAUCCGGUGCCGGUCGCCAACAUCAUCCGAUCGAUCAUUUGCGUCAGCUGAUAGCGCACAAGUCAUUCAAUACUCCCCUGAUAAUUCUGUCGAUUUACUUUGCAACACUUCAAUUUUCCGGUGUGAAUGCCGUCAUUUUUUACACCGUCACCAUACUGAAAGAUUCAUUAUCGGGCACCGACAUUGAUGAGUACGUAGCAACAUUGGUUAUUGAUGCUGUGCGACUAGUGGCCGCGUUGAUAGCAUGUAUUGUCGUCAAAUGUGCGGGUAGACGUCCAUUAACCAUUUUCAGUGGUGGAUCCACAGCGAUUUGCCUUUUCGGUCUCAGUUAUUAUCUCAGUUUGUCCGCUGAGAAUUCGUUGAGGAAUUACGCGAGCAUUCCAUUAGCAUUAUUCGUGAUUUACACACUUGUUUUAUCAGUUGGAAUCAAUCCGCUGCCAUGGUGUUUGACCGGUGAACUGUUCCCGUUGCGGUAUCGUGCGAUUGGCUCGGCAUUUGUGACGGCAUUCAAUUUUCUAUGCUUUUUCACCGUUGUCAAAACCAGUCCAAUCUAUUUUAGCAUUUACGGUGGCAGCAAAAUGUUCUGCUUUUAUGGCAUUUUAACAGCGAUUGGAACCAUUUUCCUCACAUUAGUUUUGCCGGAGACAAAAAAUAAAUCAUUACAAGAGAUCGAAGACAAUUACACUGUGAAACGGAAACAUAAAAUGAGUCGCAAUAAAGUUCAGCCAUAAAAAGCGAUGAAGACCUGCACAAACACACAGCGAGAGAAGGAAAAAAACGAGAGAUGAUGAAAAGAAGACAACAGCAACAACAAGAAUGACACAGAAGAUGAAAUGCGCAAAGCUUAGACGAUUCCAGGCAAAUGUAUAAAUUGUCAAGCGCCACAAACAUGUUUAUCAGAUCUAUCAAAAUUGCAUGCAUUGCGCUAUCAAAAAAGCGUUUGAUCCAAAAGCCAUUUUACAUUUCUGAAUUGCACGUAUCACAGUGAGCGUGAGCGCACCCACACGCUCAGUGUCUGUGUGUGUGCCUUUGGCGUCAUCGUCGCCAGUAAAGGGCGAAAAAAGCAGCAGAUCAAUGUAAGUUAAAUGUGCCCCGUCAUCGUUUGUAGUGACGACGAUAAUGUAGUGCGGAUUUGACAAUAAACGGUUUGGAAUACGCCAGCAGAUAAAUGCAAGCAGCUAAAAUCGAUUACGUGAUGGCUUGUGUAAUGGCAAUGAACGAUGAAAGUAGCUCGCGAACGCGCGCGCGCGCUCAUCCGCCUCACAUCAUUGCGAACGCCUUAGCGCAAAGCCAAAACUGUUCUCCAUAUGUGAUUAGUGCCCAAUAUUUUGUACAUUGAAUCAACAUUUGACACCGAAAUUUGCGCGCACCUUCAAACGAUAUUUAAAAGUUGGGAAUUUUUCAAGCGACAACAGCCGAAAAAGUGAAGAAAAAAAUGUGCAUCAAUACAUACAAACAUUGGGAGAUAUUGUCAAAGCGAGCAAAAAAAAUCAUCUUUUUGAUGGCGUAUAUACACAAGAGAGUCGAGAUAACAACGUUACUGUUACAACGUUUGGUUCUCAGUACGCUUUCGUCAUUUACUUAUCAGAAUCCAUUUUUUCACAUUUUGACAUUAGAAAUGUGAUUCGCAUUUGGACGACACAAAUCAGGGUUAUUUUCGGUACGCACAAUUUUCACUCAUUCUUUGACAUCAUCGUCUUCGUCGACGUCCCCAUGUAUUUUUUUUGUUGUUGUUGAUUCAUUUAUCGAUUUUCACUUACUUACCCACAUGCAACCGUCGCGUUGAUUUUGUCAAGCAUGAAACUGAAAACUAGCACGGUAAAAAAAAAAAGGAAGAGGAAGGAAAAGGCGCAAAACAUUAAGUUCUAUAAUACAAUUCAUAAUUUAUUUAUUAAGUGUUCGAAAAAAAUGUUCGUCGUUACAACAUUCAUAAUAUGACUUUGAUGAUACAGAUUUCAUUUAAACUUGUUUUUACGUAAUUUAUUUUUUGUUGUUGUUGGGAAUUUGUAGUCGUGAACGUGAGGCGAAUAAAAACAUUUUUUUUUGUUUAGAUCUAA